AAACGUAUAUUACGUGACGAACUUACGUUACGUCACUAGGAAGCGCGAUGUAAACAGAGUGAGGCAGAAAACCAACCCGAGUCGGAUCUUAGUCUGACUAAAUGUUAGUUCUCCUUACGAUUAUAUUUGUUUCUGCAGAGGGUUGUUAACUAUCCCUGUGGACUCCGCGGUUAGCUUUCUGAGGCUAGCGAGGGCUAACUUUCAGCGCGUUAGUUCUGCAGACGAUGGAUGAAAACAAGGUCAGAUUAUAAGUAACUAGCUGUCUUUUAGUCCAUUGUUCUCCAGGUUAACCAGUGUCGAAUCGUCGCUAAGAUGGGGGGAGGCAAAGUUAAGAAACCUGGCAAACGCGGCCGUAAACCUGCAAAGAUUGAUCUGAAGGCCAAACUAGAGAGAAGUCGUCAGAGCGCUCGAGAGUGUCGAGCCCGGAAGAAACUGCGGUACCAGUAUUUGGAGGAACUGGUGUCCAGUAAAGAAAGAGCCAUCUGUGCACUGAGGGAGGAGCUGGAGAUGUACAAACAGUGGUGUUCGGCUAUGGACCAAGGCAAAAUCCCAUCAGAAAUCAAAGCUCUUCUGACCGGAGACGAGCAGAGAACCAUUCAAAGUGGAGGAAACAGCAACAAGACGUCCAAGAACAAAAACAACAUCAGCUCCAACGGUCAGAGUUAGACAGAUGGCCGCUGCAUCGUUUGAAAGGGAAAACUCUGACUCUGAGGGAGGAUGAUGACCAAGCUUUAGAGCUUCAGUCAUCCACACAUUUUAUUUUCCUCCAGCUGUAAGGCAGGCGUCAGAGAAUGUUGCUGGUUUUGAUGGAACCGAUCACAUUAGGAUCAAACCAGCACAGAUAAUGAGAGUAAACAUCUUACCCGUAAUCUCCGAUACACGAGAUUUGACACAAUAUGAUGAGUCUCUCUGUGGAAAAAUGGGAGGUCUUGCAAAACACCUGCGAUUAAAAGGUAAAAUAUUUGGAAAGUCUCACAUUAUAAAAAGAAGUCGAAAUGAAAAUGAAGUAUGAGGAAAUGUGAGAUCUCUCAAAACAAUUACUUGACCUUGCAGGUUUCUUCUCAAAACAAAUGUAGGGAGACCGAGAAAUAAAUGGGGAAGUCUCGCCAAACCUUUCGUGAGAUCAUUUAAAAAUAAUUGUAACAUCUGAAAAUAAAAGUGAAGGGUUGUGGCUGUUAAAACAAAUAUGAGAACGUGUUAAAUAUUUGUGAAAAAAAAAAAAAAUUGCACUGUUCAUACAAGGGUCUGAUACCAACCUUGAUAAAAUGAG